AUGGCUGAGGUUCGCUCCGACUCGAGCUUGGACUCUGAUCCCCUCCUGCCGCCAGAACACCGGGAGCGCGUACCCCCACGGCCGAAUCCCCUGCCCAAGCUGCAGCUGGCUGUGGUGUACUUCAUAAAGCUGAUUAUACCCAUAGCGGGAACCCAGGCCCUACCUUAUAUCAAUGUCAUGGUUGCCGAUCUCGCAAAGGCUGCGGGCGCAAAGACAGGGUACUACAGUGGGCUUGUGGGAAGCGCCCGAUCUAUAGCGCACCUACUGACCAUCUACUCCUGGGGAAGGAUAUCUGAUCGACAUGGGCGGAAGCCUGUGGUUAUAAUUGGCACGGCGUUGACUGGAUUCUUCACUCUGCUCUUUGGAAUCUCGCGCACAUUCCCUACGGUACUCUUGACGGUCUUCCUAGUCGGCAUCUUCUCCGGCACAACCGGGGCUAUACACUCGAUAGUAGGAGAGCUCGUAGACCCAACAAACGAAGCGAUCGCUUUCCCGCUCUACGACAUCGUCUCUGCGGUUGGCUUUGCGGUUGGACCACUCAUAGGAGGCACAUUCUCAGACCCUGCGACGCAGUUUGGAGGUCCAUGGUUCGACACGCCCUUUUGGCGAACAUACCCAUAUUUCCUGCCGAGCUUCAUUACAGCUUCCAUCGCAGCCACCGCUCUACUCCUCGCCGUCUUCGUCCUCGAGGAGACUCUUCCGGGAAGACGCGGCGCGCGCAAGGGCCCCAUUCGCAUCCAUCAGGAUGAAGAGAGUCCCAUAUCACCUGUGAGAGGACCCCGCACAGAUCCUUUUGUUGACGCAAAGCCGCUGGGUGUAUGGCAACUCCUCUCGAUGCCCGUCAUCCGCAUGAUCUGCGCUUCGAGCGGUGCCCUAGCCUACGUCGCGGGCAGCUUCAAUACUGUGUUCGUUCUCCAGGCAUACACACCCGUGGAAGACGGCGGCCUGGCACUCUCCCCCUCACAAAUCGGCCGCGCACUUGGCAUCAUGGGUACCGUCUCUAUGUUCCUUAAGCUCGGCAUGCCCUACCUCUUGCGGCGCUUCGGCACGCUCACCGUCUUCCGCUUCUGUAUGCGCUCGUGGCCCAUCACGUUUGCCUCGAUGGCGAUUCUCUCCAUCGUGGCGAAGAAGGUGGAGGGCGUUGAGGGAGUCGUGACGGAGUGGGCCGCCGUGAGCUUCGUGCUGUUCCUCUCGCGCGUAGGGUGUUUGGCGUUCUCUAUUAUCAUGAUCCUGACGAAGGACCACACACCUGGCACAUCUUCACUGGGGACGUCGAAUGGACUGGCAGAAUUUGCACAAGCACUCGCGAGCGUCUUCUCACCGGCCAUCGUCAGCUCACUCUUCGCAUUCUCAUCUUCAAAUCAUAUCCUUGGCGGCAACUUUUGGGUGGUCGUGACGGUUCUCAUCUCCAUCGGCUCUGGCUGGUUCGCAGAGCAGAUGAAGCGGUAUCGGGAUGACUGA